GAAGUCAGGUAGAUAGAGACAGAAAGCCUAGACACGCACAGUCUUGAGAUUUCAAUAUUUACUGCAGCAGCCGAACUAGAUACGAUGGAUGGUGGCUGAUUGUUUUGGCCCAAAUUCUUGUGAAAAUCUCUGUGAAUUCAAAAUUUAAAUGUUUACAAAUAUGAACAGCAACGCUACAAAGUGACUAUAUUAUAAUGAGGACGCACGCUGUAUAUUCUGUUUUGUUAUUGUUAUGUUUCUUACGGACGACUAGAAGCAUUGUUUGUUUUUGUUUGGGACACUGCCCCGACAACCAACUUAAUGGAACAUGUACUGCUCCCGCUGGGUCACACUGUUUUUCAGCUGUGGAGGAGGUGCUUGACCCUGAAACGGAUACACUGGUUCCUGAGAGAACGUAUGGUUGUUUGCCUCCUGAUGAAACUGGUUUAAUGCAAUGUAAAGGACAUCUUGUGCCUCAUUUUUAUCCCAGAUCAAUUUCCUGCUGCUCCGACCUGGACCUUUGCAACAAGCACCUGGUUCCUAUCUACUCCCCCACCCCUGAGGCCGGGGAGGGGGAGGUUGGAGCACUAGAUCCUUCUGUUUACCAUGUGGCCCUCUUGGUGUCCCUUACGAUCUGCCUUGUUAUUUUUAUUCUCCUUGUAACGUUCGCGUACCUCCGAUACAAGCAGAGGGAGGAUAGAAUACAGAGAUACAUAUCAGAGGCUGGAAGUCCUGGAGACAAUGAAGAAUUUGGACUACCUGGAACUUCAACGUUGUCUGAACUGAUUGAACAGAGUUCAGGUUCUGGUUCUGGACUCCCACUCUUGGUUCAAAGAACAAUAGCUAAGCAGAUACAUAUGCUGUCUAGUGUGGGUAAAGGAAGAUAUGGAGAAGUAUGGUUGGCUAGGUGGAGAGGAGAACGAGUGGCGGUUAAGGUUUUCUUUACAACCGAGGAGGCCAGCUGGUUCAGAGAAACGGAAAUCUACCAAACCGUUCUCAUGAGACAUGAUAAUAUUCUAGGCUUUAUAGCUGCAGAUAUCAAGGGUUCAGGCGGCUGGACACAAAUGCUGCUUAUUACCGACUACUACGACCUUGGAAGCCUUUACGACUUUCUUCAAAACAAUGUGUUGGACCAUGAAGCAGCGGUCAAACUAGCAUUAACUGCCAUCCAGGGAAUUUCGCAUCUUCAUACAGAAAUAUUUGGGACAAAGGGUAAACCGGCGAUUGCUCAUCGAGAUAUUAAAAGUAAAAAUAUUUUGGUAAAGAAGGACGGAAGCAGUGUUAUAGCCGACUUUGGGCUAGCAGUAAGGUAUAACAGCGAAGGUAACGAGGUAGACAUUGCUCCAAAUACGAGAGUUGGAACCCGAAGAUAUAUGGCGCCAGAAGUUCUAGACGAGACCUUAGUCACAUCUUCAUUCGAGAGCUAUAAAUGCGUAGAUAUGUAUGCGUACGGUCUCGUGCUCUGGGAAAUUACUCGGCGAACACUUACAGCUGAUAAGGUGACGCAAUGUGAGGACUACAGACUUCCAUAUUAUGAUUGUGUUCCUCAUGAUCCUUCUUUUGACGAUAUGUACCAGGUUGUUUGUGUGAAGGAAGUGAGACCUGAAAUACCUAGCAGAUGGAACUCAAAUAUAACUCUAAGAACUUUAUAUAAGGUAAUGAGUGAAUGUUGGCACCAAAACCCUAAUGCUAGGCUAACAGCUCUCAGGGUUAAGAAAUCUCUUAGUAGAUUAGAUAGUGACAUUUCCACAGCUGUUAUGCACAAACCUAUCUACUAAAAUACAUUAAUAAGAAUAUCCUCUUUAUUAGUAUAAAAAAACAUUAUUAAAGGGACUGUAUGCGUAAUUUUAAUCUCUUUAAGAAGGGGUUUAAGUGUUGCUCAAAGUGAUAAACAAUCUGGCGGCUAAACAGUGAACAUUGUAAUAUAUCUUGGAAUCUCUGAAUGUGUAACACAUAAAGCAUUUAACGAGAUUUAUCAUAGAUAUAGCCAUAGUAACAAUAUUAAAGAAAAUCUGUCCAAAUUUGUCUGCUUGGAGAAACAUACUGUUUGUACAAAGCUGAACCUUUGUGAUUUUUGUUUUUUUAUCUCCUAAAUUCUAAAUCAAUAGGUUGCGUACUUUUCCAGAGGAAAGGAAAAUGUCCGCAUUCUAGAAAACCUUGGUUAUAUAGACAUUGAAUCUUUUGUUCAUUGUUUAAAGAAAUUAAAUAACCUCGAGAUAUUUUUCUUUGAAUAAUCAAUGAAUGUCUAUCUUAAUAAAUACUCGCAUUAGCUCAUUUUA